GUAGAGGGACGGGAAAUCAACCCUCGUGGGACAGCCGAAAAGAAGGAUGGGACUUUUGACGUUGCUGCGCAAGCUCAAGAGAAGUGACCAGGAGGCCCGUAUCUUGGUGCUCGGUUUGGACAACGCGGGCAAGACCACGAUCCUCAAGAAGCUCUCGGAGGAGGACAUCACACACAUCAUGCCCACGCAGGGCUUUAACAUCAAGAGCUUGAUGCAUGAGGACUUCAAGCUAAACGUUUGGGAUAUCGGAGGGCAGAAGUCUAUUCGGCCGUACUGGCGCAACUACUUCGACCAGACCGACGCGCUGAUCUACGUUAUCGACAGCGCUGAUAGGCGACGCAUGGACGAGACGGGAGUGGAGUUGGGGCAGCUGCUCGAGGAGGAAAAGCUUGCCGGUAUCCCGGUGCUCAUUUUCGCCAACAAGCAAGACCUCCUUAGCGCCCUAUCUUCGGAUGAGAUCUCCCAGGGGCUGAACCUCCACACCAUCAGGGACCGCACGUGGUUCAUCCAGGCCGCGUCGGCCAAGACCGGGGAGGGGCUCCAAGAGGGGAUGGAGUGGAUCGUCAGCCAGAUCAACGACGGAGCGGGGGGCGGCGCCGAGGGCAAGAAUUGAACCCACCUUCCGGCGGCACUUCUUGAAUUAGUACUACGGUGCAUUGAUUAUUGAAUAAAGCACAAAACAUUGCGACGUUUUCGACUGGCCAACCGAUGUCUGUUGGUUUCUCUGUCUUUGAGAAAAGUGGAUGGGUGCGGCUUCUGUGGCCCGGGUAUGGCCAUCUUUUCAGAACGAUGUGGUUCUUCCAGUUCUUAGUCGUCGUCUCUUCUUGUAUUUUCGGCGUUCGAACGCAGAAAACAAACAAAGCGUGCUUACAAGCAAGCGACUCCAUCUCGCGCUGGACUUGUUUCGCCCUCUUUUUCCCACACCCAUCAUCGCUACAUGUAUUGUGUGUGUAUGCACUCUCUUGAAAGCCGACGUGUACGUUGAUGAUACGGCCUGCCGGCAGCCGGUGAGCUAUGUACCGAAGCUCCAGGUUGAAGUAUGCAGGUACCACACCGCGCAGCAGGGAGAUCCAUGCAUGCACGAGUGUUCGUCGUUUCGUUCGAGAGGGGAAGAAGGGGGGAUAUUAUCAGCGGUUGGUGGCGUUUGUUGGGUUUGGAGGAAUAUUCGGCCCCGACGCAUGCAUUUCGUUUUUGGUGUUGUGCUCUUUCGACAAACACCGGCCGUUGUGUCCAUGGUGUGUGGACGGUUGUACGAGAUUUUUGCGCUGUGCAAAUGUUACAAGCUUAGGCCGUUUUCUUUUCCACUGUGAAGGCCUCGUUCAGGUGAUGUGUGCGUGUGCUAAACAUACGGCGUGCCA